CAAAGACCGGCCGUGGACACCGUGCUGCGGCCGCGUGGUCCGGUUGUGAUUGGCAUGGAGCCAGCUGCGCGCCAAUCUCGCACAGUGCAGUUCCACCCACCUGCAGCGGACAUGGGCCGAACACGGGUGCUUGCGGCGACAAGCGUUCUCCUAACACUGCUGGCUGGCACCGCUGCUGCGACGGUGGACCCUCCGGACGCGCUCUGCAGCGCGACAGCCUGCGUGCAGUCGCUCCUGGACGCGCCCUGCAUACGCGGCUCGGCGGCAUGCUACGACUACAACUGCCUCUACAUGCAAAAGAAGAUUGUCUAUUGCACCAACCCGACGUUUGGCGGGUGCCAAAACGGAGUAAUUUGCCCCAAGAACGUGUCGACGCCGGCGCCGACCUCGAUCGCCCCGUCGCCAUCGACCAGCACGACGUCGCUUCCGACAACACGGCCCCCCGUGACGGCGACGACGACGCCCAACCCGACGACUCUCAAGCCCCUGGACGACGCCAGCACGUCCAGCAACAAUACGACGAGCAUUGUCCUCGGCAUCCUCUUGGGCCUCGUCAGUAUAGCAGCGCUGAUUGCAUACAUGUGCAUACGCAAGCGGCGCGCACGUGAAGAAGCCGAAGACACGGACCUCGAAAUCACUUCCUGCCGCCACCGAGAGCCCCGCCAAGCGCCGCUGCCGCAGCGCCAUUUCAUCCUCGCGUCGUCGGCGCAGCAUCCGUCGCAGCAGCCAUCGAGUAUGCUCGACUCGGUCGCAAGCAAAUCCAUGUUCAACACAACAGGGCGGCAGUCCAACCACGAUUUGAUGUCGCAAAAGUCCGACUGGUGGCAGCACUCGACGCCGAGCAAUCCGUCGGCGACGCAGUACGACACACGAGGCGGCGCCGAGCCGAGCUUAUGCCAUAUCCUCGAGGAGCGCAAGACCGAGACGCAUCUGUCCCGGUAGCGCAUUGAAAUAGAAUGUUUAACUUGGUGUAAAAGGAGGUAUUCGAACGAGGUCCUACGACACGUAGGACACGAGCAAACUCGUUCUUGUCUCGACGA